AAACAACAUGAGGCAUUUUAUUUAGCGCAGUUGACUCAUGAAAUGUGUGCGAGGGAAGGGCUGGAAGUGAUCGUGGAUUUAGGAGCUGGAUUGGUAAAUAUUUAUCUUAAUCUUAAUCUAUCCUCAUUCCACCUAAUACCAUCGAAAUGAUAUUCGCUCCCCAGGGCUACGUGUGUCAACUACUCCACCACCUCUUCAACUACCGCGUCCUUGGGCUAGAGUCGAAUCCCUCGAUCACAGCUACCGCCAACCGUCGUCAGUACACUCUUCACCCUCUCUCCCGCCCCUCAGUCCAAUAUUCUUGUCUAAAAGUGACGAAAGAUUCGUCAGAUGCGAUUGAAAAGCUCUUAAAGUCUUUCACGAAUAACGAAAACGAAAAAUUCUGUCUGAUCGGACUUCAUUCUUGUGGAGACCUCAGCACCAACGCCUUGAGACUCUUCAGGGAUAUGAAGAACGCAAGGCUUCUGGUCAUGAUGUCCUGUUGUUACCACAAACUCGAAUGCGCCGAGGAUAAACCCGGUUUCAAGAAUUUUCCGAUGGCUCGAGGGCUCGAAAGGGAGUACGAAAGGAUCCGUGAUCCUCAGGGGGAGGUCCUAGGACGGACCUUCAUGAGGCUCGCGUGUCAGGAGCCUGCGGAAAGGUGGGAGGGCAUGGGGGAAGAGGAGCACGAGACCCAUUCAAUUUGUUUGAUGGCUAGAGCAGUCCUCGAAUUGUUCUGUCGUAAAAAUCAAAUUAACCUAACAAAAACAAAGAGAAAAUCAGUGAGGUCAUCGAAGUGUCUAAAUUUCGAAACUUAUCUCCAGAAUUUCGUCUCGCGUUACAAUUUCAAUGGCAAAGAACUGGACGAAAAAUACUACGCAGAGAUCAAUCAGCUCUGGGGGGAGAAUGAGUCUAAAUUAAAAUUAGCAGAGGUCUAUACAGGCCUUCAGCUACUCCUGCAGGCACCAGCAGAAUAUUUGGUAUUGAACGACAGGAAAUGUUGGUUGGAGGAGCAAGGCUUUCCUGAGACGAAAAUCGUGUCAGUCCUUAACCGGAAAUUGUCUCCCAGGUCUCACGCAAUCGUUUCAUCAAAAACACACCCAAUAAUUACUUAA